CCCAAACCCGUGGGAGCAUCUUCAAUCAUAGUGUGUUUCCCUGUAAACGGAGGGGCAUAACCGUAAAAAAAAACAGCAGCAUCGUCUUCGUGUAUGGUUUAGGGCGAAGACCCAGACCGUGACACCUCACACCACACUCAUCACAGUCACUGAAACCGUCACGCUCCAACCGCUUCUUCCACUUCACAUUCAAAUUCAAUGCGAUGUUGAGAAAGAAAACUCAGCACUAGCUUCGUCAACCACCAUCAGCAAUGAGGUACUAUUCGCGCUUCACGCACCUAUCAUCGCAUCUCCUCAAAACCCUAACCCCUCGCUUCGCUCCCGCGCGGAUCCCAAUCGCGCCCCACGCGCGCGACUGCAGCAGCAGCGCGUCGCAGUCGCAGUCGCAGUCGCAGUCGCAGUCGCAGUCGCAGUCGCAGUCGCAGGGUUCGGAGAAGGUGUCGGCGAUCGUGGACGAGGUGAUGGGGCUGACGCUGCUGGAAGUGAUGGACCUCGUUGAGGUCAUGCGCGAGAAGCGCGGCGUCAACGAGCUUCCGCUCGCCAUGCUCAUGGUGCCGGGAAUGGGGUUGCGCGGCGUGCCGAGGGGCGCGCCGAAGGCCGGCGGCGGCGGCGGAGAGGAGGUGAAGGCGGCGGAGAAGACGGCGUUUGAUGUGAGGCUGGAGGGCUUCGACGCGGCGGCGAAGAUCAAGGUGAUUAAGGAGGUGAGGACGUUCACGAGCUUGGGGCUGAAGGAGGCGAAGGAUUUGGUGGAGAAGGUGCCCGCGGUUUUGAAGAAAGGGGUCACCAAGGAAGAGGCUGAGAGUAUUAUUGCCAAGAUGAAGGAGGUUGGCGCUAAGGUUUCCAUGGAAUAAUAAGGAAAGGGCAGGAUGACAAAACAUGGCGUAGAGUUUUUUUCUGCUUUGAUCAAGUGUAGCAGCGUAUUCCUCACACUCAAGUUAUCGACAGGUGAUGGAAGUCGAUGAAUGCCUUGUCAUAAUGCAAAGUUAUACUUUCUUGUAUUUGAAAACUUUGCUGAGCACUAUGCUCCUACCUCACCCUGCCUUGUUUAUUUUUAUUUCUCCCUUACAUAAGGCGUUUUUGCCUUGAAUUUUCUUGAUCAUUUCUUAACAAAUAUUGUAGAAUUGGUUUAUGACAGUGGAAUCAUUUUUGAACUAACAUAUACAUGUUACUUGCUGGUAAA